UUUCAGGAAACUUUGAGCUGCUUUACUCGAGGUUCCCGAAAAAACUGCGAAGCUUCGCGGGAGGCGCACACGGAGCACCCGGGGGGCCGCAGACGGACGGCGACAUGUCGGGGAGAACCGGAGCCGCCUGGAUGUGACUGGAGGAUGGAGGGAGAGAAAGAGACGUCUGAGGAGAAGGAGGAGGAAGAGGAGGGGGAGGAGAAGGAGCUUCAUCAGGAUCACCCCAUGGAGGCAUCCUCUCUGGACCAGGACCUUCCCAUCAUGCACUGGGAGGAACUGAGCCAGCGGAUAGCUGAGCUGGAGAAACAGGAGCAGGAGCGGAGGGAAAGGUCAAAGAGAGGGGCGGGGCUGAGGACGGAGGGAAAUCCAGAUGGUGUGUGGAGCAACGUCUGGGGGGAAGAGGAGGAGGAAGACUUCAGGAGGUGUCGAGUGGCAGUUGUUACGUCACGAUUUCACAACCACAGAAACCUGCAGCUGUGCUUCAUCAACAACAGCGACAGUGAAGAGGAGGAGGAGGGGGCCAAUAAAAAGGUCACAAAGGGAACAGGGCACAAUGGUUGCCAUGCCGCUGGGUUGAAACAGGAAGUGGCCACGGCUCUGAGGACGUUGAGAGACAAGUUGCUGGCCGAACAGAAGGAGGAGCGGCUGGCUGGCAGCAGCUGCGUGGCCCAGCGGAAACAUCUGGAGCGCUGGGAGCUGCAGGAACGCUCGCUGCAGCAGCUCGGCAGCUUGAGGGCGUCGCUGGAACGAGACGUUCACGCUCUGAGCUCCGAGCUGGUGGCCCACCUCCUGGUACGAGACCAGCUGAGGACGAAGCAGGACGCCAUGCUGCUGGACGUCCAGGACCUGACCUAACGCCAGAAUGGCACGGCGGAGGCCUCGCACAGUCUCUGCCCAGUGCUCCUUCUUUCAGCCUCUCUGGGACCAGGCUGACUGCUCGGGCGUGUCAGCCCCUCAGCUGUUUACUGCGUCAGCGACAACCUGCCGGUUCAUCUAAACUGACCAAUCAGCACCAUCCAGAGAAACGAUGAUCCUGGAAUAACGUUCAUAACAGAGCUCAGAUGUUGGAGGGUUUUUUUGGUGAAGUCAGAUUCAUUCAUCGGGACGGCCAAUCAGCUGCUGGCUUGUGACAGUUUAAACCGAAGUCUCGGUCGUUGUUCUGACUGCUGACAAUCGGGCUUGUUAUGUUUCUGUUGUUGGAGCAGCUCGUUCAUCUCACAGCAGCUCCGUAUGUGACGCCCCGAGUUCAUCCUCAGCCUCAAACAAUCCUUGGAGCUCAUGUUCCUUUAAGGCCCGCCUCUCUAUAAGCACACUCUCUUCUGAUUGGUCAUCUAUUAAGUCCCUUGUACGGAAACCUCAGACAAUCUUCUUCAUGUUUUUCAGCAGGUGACAUGUUCAUGCAGCAUUUUCUCAGCAUGUUUCCAGGAUCACUAAAUCGUUCUGCUCCAAAACUGCAUGACAGGGGUCUUCAUCUGCACCACAGAUUUACAGGCUCGGCCUCUGAAAAUGAAACUGACAUUUUGGGAAAGGUUAGUAUAUUUUGCUGGAGCUUUUCAAAUCUUUUUUGAUACCUGUGCUCCUCUAAAUGCUCAUUUUAAGCCACCGUGGUAGCACGGUGUUAUUAUCCUCACUCUGUCCUACAAGAGGAUUUUUGUGGAGACUUUAUGUUCCUCAGAGGAUCCAUUGUCUUCGUCAAACAGCCUGUAACCGUGUUUUUGCCUUGAGACACAGGUCUUAAAGCUACAGGAUGAAAUUUGGGAGACAUAAUCAUGGUCAGCAGACCAAAAACAAUGACUUUGAUAAACCUACGAGUCAAAUGUCUGUGGUGAGCGACCCCCUGGAAACCUGCGGUUGCUAUCAGUACAUGUAUAUUCCCACCAAGUGGUGAUUGGUUGCUGGUUAUCACUGGGUGAAAAUGGGUUGCAAAGGGAGCGCUGCACCCAAAAACCUCCCUGUGAUUGAUUUGGUUGCCACGUUUGUGUUGAAGACAACAACAUGUCUGCAAACAUUCACACUGAGCCGAGCGGUCGGGAAAGGCAAACAGGAAACUCCUUCAAAGUAAAAGUUGUACCUUACUACUGAAAACAACACAUUUCAAAAGGUGCAACUUUUACUGUGGAGGUUUCAGGUUUGUGUUGCAACAGCCUGCCAAACCAGCCACAAAGAGGCUUGUUGGUGUCUUCCUCUGAGCUCAUCUACCAACCUCCAGCAACCUCACAGUUGGUUAAAACACAUUUUUCUGUAGCACCUGGUGGUUGGUAGGUGGUUGCCAACCGGUCUCUAGACCUGUCCAACUUUGGACCUUAGACAACGAAUGUUACUCAGUUCAUUUAGAAGAUGCAUUUUGGUAAAACGGUGUUACUUUACACCGUGCUGAAAGCUCAGUGACUCAUCGGUUCAAACAUCCUCAUCGAAGUCAAAUUGGUCAACUUUCUGACUCCUAACAUUACGUUCAGAUUUGGGAGUUUGGUGAUCAAAUUUCAUCUAAAAAAAUCCCAUUUUCACAUAUUUUCUCCAACGCUGUGUUCUCUGAGUUGCGGCGAGACUAAUUAGACAUAAUCAACAAAAGGGAUCUAACUUAUCUUAUUUAAGUUUUAUUGUGUUACUUACUGAACCACUUUUACCUGUUACUAUAAAAAGGGAACAGCACACAGAUAUAAGCACGUGGAGUUAAAGAGCUUACAUGAUAUCUUGAUUAUUGGACAUUAUACUUAGUUUUUGUUUUGUUUUUUAAUUAAAGGGGAAUUUCACCCAAACUUGAUGUGUCAUCACAUUAAAGCAGAAAAUAAAUAACUGAAACAACUUCAGACUAACAAAGUUGCGUUUCUGUCACAGUGGUGAAAUUCCUCUUUAACUGAUGCUAAACUCUUCAGGUACCGUCUGUGAUCGCGCUAUCGUUGUUUACUUUAAAUGUAAGGGAAGAAUCCACUGAAUAUAACCAACUAUGUGCCAUGAUUGCUGCCUUACUUUCAUUUUCUUCUUAAAACUAAACGUUUUGCAUCUCAUCCAUCAUGUGCUUUAAAUAACUCCCUGAAUCUGUUUUCAUGAGCACAGUAGUCAUUUAAACAGUAGUCGAGGAUAUUUAGCAUUGUGCUCUCGUGCCUGUGAUAAGAAGCUGAAUGUCAUUUACAUUGAAAGCGAUGUACUGUAAUGAGAAAUGUGCUUUAAAGUAUUUAAAGUCACACUGAAAUGUGCUGUUUUGAGGUUGUGGAAGGUUAUGACACUGAUACAAGGCUGUUCAUCAUUUCACCGUGACUUUAAGAAUAUUUGGAGAAGUAUUUUAAAAUGUAAAUAAAAUUAACUACAAAUAUAUUUGUAU